AUGAUAGAAGCCUAUUUUGGCCUACAAUACGCUUCUCUGUUUGGUGGGCAGCUGAGGUUUAUGCCCGCUAAGGGACCCAUGGAAAUCUGGUCUGGGAUUAAAAUCGCUAACGUAUUCAAACCAGUCUGUCCACAAAAUGUUGUCAACAAUGUUGAGAUGUUGAAAAAGUUGCCAGUUGCUGAGUUCUUGAGACUGCAACAUCUAAAACCAUUCGUUGCCCAACAGCAUGAAGACUGUCUCUACAUGAAUGUCUAUAGACCGGUUCAAGGAAGUGACGUCAGACUACUACCAGUUCUAUUGUUCGUACAUGGAGAAUCUUUGGAAACCGGAACCGGAAAUGCCUACGACGGAAGUGUCAUGGCGGCCGCCGGAAAUAUCAUGGUGAUCACGCUAAACUACAGAUUAGGAGUUUUUGGAUUCUUUAGUACAGGCACGAGCCACGCCCCAGGCAAUAUGGCGAUUCUAGAUAUCAUAGCAGGGUUACAAUAUAUAAGAGAAAACAUAUUAGUGUUUGGCGGAAACUCCUCUGACGUCACGGUCAUGGGCAGGGAUGGCGGAGCAAUCCUGGUGAACCUGCUACUCAUCUCACCAAUCACAAAAGGUCUGGUUGAUGAUGACGAUGGUGAUGAUGAUGGAGUGAUGAUGAUGAUGAAUUUAUAUAUAUAUACAUAG